AUGACACCUACCACUGUGCAACGAAAAGGUGCAAUCACCACUGGAACAAUGGGGAAUAAAGGGUUCAUCACCGAGACGGAGUUAAAGAAACACAACGGAACUAAUGGCUCGCAGUCAUGGAUAGCGAUCAAGAACAGAGUAUACGACGUUUCCAGUUUUGGUGAGGAGCAUCCAGGAGGCACCAUCAUUUUCACGCACGCUGGCAAAGAUGCUACUGAUGUGUUAAGCGCAUUCCAUCCUGCCUCAGUGCACAAAUGGUUACCUCGCUUCUACAUUGGUGACUUGGUAAAAGAUUCACGCGUAACUCCCCUGGAUGCCCAAAAGGAGGCAGAGUACAGACAGGAUAUCAUAGCAAUGAAAUCGGAGCUGAUGAAGGCUCGUGCAUUUGAAUCCUCUAAGCUGUAUUACGCAUUCAAGAUUGCCACUAAUUUAGCCAUAUUUGCUGCUGCAGUUGCUGUGAUUUUGAUGUUCAAUGGAAUUGUUGGUGCAGUCAUAGGCGGAGUUUUGAUGGCUCUCUUCUGGCAACAGAGUGCCUUCCUUGCUCAUGACUUCCUCCAUCAUCAGGUAUUCACCAACCGUAGCUACAAUAACUUAGCUGGCCUUUUAUUUGGCAACAUUUGGCAGGGCUUUUCAACCUCUUGGUGGAAAACAAAGCAUAAUCACCAUCACGCCUCCACAAACGUUGUGCACACCCAAGCUGGAGGAGACCCAGAUAUUAUGACGAUGCCAUUCCUGUUGUGGUCAGAGAAGAUCAUCGAGGGCGAUGCAGAAGAUCUUAAAGACCUUCCCAAGUUUAUGGUCAGGUAUCAAAAGUUCUUCUAUCUACCACUGAAUGCUGCUGCUCGUAUAUCAUGGCUGCUGCAGUCAAUUCUCUUUCAACUGGAACCUGUGCAUAAAUAUGUUGGUGGUUUACCCAUGAAGAUCGCCGAGAUUUCUUCAAUGGCUGUCCAUUACGUUUCAUUAGUGUUAAUCACAUCACUUCUAAAAACGACUUCCUCAAGAAUCGUUUUCCAACUGACCUGUCAGUCACUCGGUGGGAUUUUUCUUGCUGUAAUUUUUACCGUUGGUCAUUAUGCAAUGGAAAUUUUUACAAGCGAGGUAAUGAGUGACACUGAUUUCGUCCGCCUUCAAGUUCGCUCCACUCGCAAUAUCACGCCCACUGUCUUUAACAAGUGGUUCAGCGGUGGUCUCGCAUAUCAGGUGGAGCAUCAUAUAUGGCCUACUUUACCUCGUCAUAGUUUACCUCUUGCGUCGAAGAUUUUGAAGCGCUUUUGUUCCAAGCACAACAUUCCUUACACAGUAAAAGGACUGAUUGAAGGAAACUUGGCAGUCUUUAAGCUACUUUCACAAAUUGGUGAGAGAUUUUGA